AUGAGAAACACGGACCAUAAAACAUUCUUAUUGUGCUAUCAAAAGGCCCUCAAGGCCUCCAUCCCUGCAAAAGAGCUGCCACAGGGUCCAAAAUGCUUUGAGCUCGCAUACAUUGUUCAGCAUUAUGAGGAAGAUGCUGAGACGCAUCAACAUUUAAUUCCGCAUAUAGCCACUCAUAACCAAACAGCCAGUCCAUCUUCCUCGGCUCUGCCUUCCGAUUACCUACCGCAAGGCGCGAUACUUGACGAAAGUACGGUGUGGAACAACUGGGGAAACGUCAGUCCAGGAUUUGAAGAUGGUUUCAACUGA